ACACACACAUAUUCAUGAUGAUUCGGUUUGGCCGCGGACGAGAAGAAGUGCACUAACGGUAGUUCUAUGUGCUCUCGGUCAGUCGUUUCUGUUCCGACAUGGGUGAAGAAACUGCGCAGUUAAACCAACUUAUCUCCGCCCCCGUUGAGGUAAAGUCUAUUGCCGGUGAAGACGAUGUGCGCGCCAUUUACGAGUUUGCACGAGCCUUGCCUUUUCAGGCCGUGGAGUGCUUGUUAUCGGCAAAGGUUUGCAACCAAUGCAUUUUGCGGUUGUUUGGGAUUAGUGAGCAUCUUUACUAUGUUAGCACGCUAUCACCGUGGCUACUGAGUUCUGUUUUUGGAGAUUUUACAGAUUCGGAGAAACAAAAAUGUACAAAAUCUAAGGAUUCAAAAGUUGAUUCGGUGCUUUGUAGUGUUUGUUUAGGCAUCUUGCAGAUUAUUUACUGUUAUGACAAAGAGUUGGUGGUAAACAAGAAAAGUGCUAAUGAUUUGGCCAUCACAAUUGCCGACCUGAUAAAGCAAGAGGGCUAUCAGAUUGAUGGCUUUUCUCUUGAAGUAUCCAUACCACCAGUUAUUCAAGAAAAUGAAAGUUCUGUUUGGUUGUGCCUGAAAAAAAAAUUUGGAUCUGAGCUGUGGUUCCAAGGGAAGUCACAAUCUGAAUGCAUUUCCGUGAAGGAUGCAUUGAAGAUUUCUAUUAUCAAACCACUAGAAUCAAUGUUGGGUUGCAAAUCAAGCAUAAGCACUUUCCAUGUCCGUUUGACAUACAGUCACCCUGUGGCGUCAACAGCAAUUCAAAAUUCCAUAAAUAAAAACCAGGGUUUUAAGAGAAGGAAAACAGGCUCUGGCAAUGGAUUGAAAACUGUUGAUGAUGACCUAAUAUGUUCUGAUUUUUCAAUGAGUGAUGUGGAUGUGGUUGUGGAAAGGCCUUUGGAGAGUUUACAAGCUAAUGAAUCAUCUGAGAGCUUUAAAUUCCCCUCUAAGUUGAUCUCUAAACCCUGCCAGUUGGUCUUCUCCUGCUACAGGACACAUAUCUACUUUGGUGGGCGAUAUCUGAAGUACUCUAGAAAUGUGAGUCAAACACGUUGGAUCGUUGAUGACGAAAGAAUGGGAGAAGCAUCUGUAGAGGAACUAAUAGGGAGCAACAUUCUUCCCAUAUGCCAUGGUGAUAGUUACAAGUUUCAUGCUGCCGGCAGAGAGGAUAUUGAUGUUCGAAUGUUGGGCUCAGGAAGGCCCUUCUUGGUUGAGAUUCAAAAUGCACGCCUUAUGCCAUCUGAAGAUUCUGUAAAGAAUAUUGAAAAACAUAUAAAUAAAAUGGAGAAGAAAUUGGUUGGUGUGAAAAAUCUUAAAAUGGUGGGCAGUGAGGGGUGGACUCUGAUGCGAGAAGGGGAGUCAGAGAAGCAGAAGCAAUAUGCUGCACUGGUUUGGAUUUCCCGCCCACUUAAGGAUGAAGAUUUCCAAUGUAUAUCUUCACUUAAGGACAUGCAUAUCAUGCAGAAGACCCCGGUAAGGGUGCUUCACAGGCGAAGUCCAUUGGCACGGGAAAAAAUUAUACAUUGGAUGAGAUUGGAGAGGAUUUGUGGACAUUCUCAAUAUUUUCUUUUGCAUCUUUGUACCCAGGCUGGAACAUAUAUCAAGGAAUUUGUUCAUGGGGACCUUGGGCGUACUUACCCUAGCAUUGGUUCAAUUCUUGAUUGUAGAGCAGAGAUACUGCAACUUGAUGUGACAGAUGUGAAAAUGGAUUGUUUUCUUACAGAAGAAGGAUACCCAUUGCUCCAGUGCUAGUUGUGGCCUCCUUUAUUUUGAGGUUCUAGUACUGUUGCACAUAGUCCACUGACUGUACCAUAAAUUUUCUAAUAAUCUCAUACUACAUGAGGCAUCUUUUUCUUUUUUUUUUUUUUUUUUUUUUUUAGCAAAAAAAGAAAAAGCAAAACUAGAACUUGGUUUUUUGACAUAAGAUUUUCAAUCUAAUAGAAUUUCGUUUUUCGUCGGUUUUCCUCCA